CAUUUUUUGGUCAUUCGUCGUCACUGUCAAACCAGUCAGGAACGGGUCAGGUUUUUGGGUCGUGUGGAGCUGUUCUUGCUAAGAAUGUUUCUGUGUGUGGCUGUCGUUUUGGCAGUGUGCGGUCUAGGCUAUGGCCAGUCGUCCUGUAAAACUUUCGACUUUAAGAUGCAGUCUGAUUUCAACAUGACGGCGCUUGAGGGGUAUUGGUAUGUGGUGUCGUCCAAGAUACCAGGGUCUGUGUUCUGGAACGCCAUCGCCGGAGAGACGAUGAACAUGCAUCUUCACUUCACUAUGUUGCCUUUCGGAAGGCUCGAGGUCAUGGCCAGUCGCAGCAGGGCUCCACAUGGCUGUUUCUACAGUAUCCAUUCAGCGGUACCUCUGCCUCAGUCCAACCUCACUAAAUUUGACUACCUCCACACGCAAUACAAACUGCCCGGGGAUUCCAUGUGGGUGGUCAGCACAGACUAUGACGGAUACGCGGUCACGUACGGCUGUGACGAAGUACUGCCCGAGUCCGGAUAUUGUGAUCCGAGUAAAGAGGCAGUUUAUACGCUCAACAGGAUGCAGAACGGCCACACUCCGGAGCAACUGAUCAAGAUCGAAAACGCGCUUAAUUCUGUCUGUGUGUCAGCAAGAACUCUCAAACCUAUGCAGCAACUUGGGGAAUGUACAUUCGACCCGGAACACUUCCCUCCUCAACCACCUACCACCCCAGUCCCACCUCAAACGGAAGCCAACUUAAACAACCCCAGUAUUUGGGUUACUUUGAUGAGAAACUUACUGGCACCAAACAACGGAACCGGUAGACAAGGACAUUUCAUGCCGAAUAUGCAGAACUCAGGCAUGGGGUUCCCCUUCAACAGUACAACCCUCAGUGCACCACCUGUAAACAACGAUAUCGCAAAUCAUAUGCGACAGUGGAUGAACUUGUUUGGAAAAUAGUUUGAAAAAAAGACAAUUUCAAAAGACAGUAAAAUUCCAAUUUUAUCAAAUGUAUAGAAUGUUGUACUCAAAAGUGUGAAUGUCCUUUUUUUAAAAUACAAAAUGCUUACAUGUAAAAAUUAUAAA